UCUCCAUGGAAACGUCGUCUGGCGCGCUGAACGGGAAAAAGUAACAGCAGUAACGUUAACGUUAGUUAUUUGAAUUUAACAGACAUACUAUACAAUCUUUGACAAAAUUGGUUAUUAUGAACCAAUUUCAGAAUUUGAUAAAUGACUGUCUUAUCGAUACAAAACACGUGGAAAGCGCUGCCAUUCUGGUUGCGAAGACUGCAACAGUAACUGCCGCGUCUGCAAGGUUUCAGGUUCUUCCACCACAAGCCCAGAUUUUCAUAGACUCUUUCAAGCACAUGGCAUCGACCAGAGAGCGGGGUUUCUACUUCCAAGACAAAGCAUACAACUGCGUCCGAGCUGACAGGAACUCCAUCUACUGCAAAUGUGGAACACAUGGCUUAAUUCUUGUGAAGACUGCUCUGUACGUUAUAGUGGCGACAUACAACGACAGCAUGUACCCCAGCGUGUGUGUGGAGGCCGUUGAGAAACUAGCAGUAUACCUCAAGGAUAAGGGCAAAUGAAGCAAGAACUGAGGAGGAGCAGCAUUAUGAUGGAUGAAACUGAUGAACUGGACUGGUGAAGUCAAGCAGUUGCCUACCGUUCAUGUUAGGCCACCUGCUAAGGAGAACAAACAUGUUUAGGAGAAAGUCAAAGUGUGUGUUGGUGGUCUUUCUACAAACCUACCCCUGUCCCCUCUCACAGUAUACAGGUUUAACCACUAGGUGGUAGUAAAUAGUCAUAAACCCAGCUGGAGACCAAGAACAGAUUUGAGUGCAGAGAUUAUGGCCAACCCUGCUCCAUGAGAACUACUGCGUGUGCUCGCUUUAGUUCCAGCCCUGCUCGAACACACCUGAUUCUACUCCUCAGCUGACAGACACGGUUUUGGGGCUUUGCGGCUAAAGGCCUGUUAAACUGUCUGUGUCCAUCGCAGACGUUCUGUUCAAACGCUCCAGUUACUCUCCAACCAGCUCUGGUGGUAACAUGAUUAACCUAGCUACAUAGUCGCACACACACACACACCCUGACGUAGCCUUGAUGAGUGUUUCAGAGCUGAAGCUGUGUAAAUUAAUUUCCUCAUGAGAACAAAUAAAGGAAAUCUGUAUCCGAGUCAAAACAUCAAAGAUCCACCACCAUAUUUUACAGUAGGGAUGAGGUAUUUCCUGCAUAUGCAUUGUUCUUUCAAAGGCCAAACCCACCAUGUUCAAAGAACAACAUUUUCAUGUCAUCUUACCAUAGCACUGCCUGGAGUUUGAUAAAUGGCAUUGCCACUUCAUUUGACAUGAAAAUAGAGCUCUGGCCACACAUUAUAGCAGUGGGUUUGGCCUUUGAAAGAAAAAUGCAUAUGCAGAAAAGACCUAAUCCCUACUGUAAAAUAUGGUGCUGUAUCUUUGAUGUUAUGAGGUUAUUUUACAUCCACUGGUCCUGGGGCCCUUGUUAAGGUCAACGGCAUCAUGAACUUUACCAAGUACCAGGACAUUUUUUGCCAAAAACCUGGUUACCUCUGCCAGUAGGCUGAAUCUUGGCUGCAAGUGGAUCUUCCAGCAAGACAA